AUGUCAUCAGAAUCGUCACUAGCUUCAUCCUCAAAAGUGCCGCCCGGUGCGCCCACUGAGCCCAAGUCGUUUCGUCUCUCAGGAAUGGCCUCCCGUUCACGACUCCAUCCCAACCCUAAUCGCUGGGCUCGCGUGCCUUCCCCUUCAGUGCCCCGUCACAGCAGCAGCCCCCUCGUGCACAGUCCUUUGCAGCAGUCAUUCCCUGCUUAUCCAGACCCAUCAAAGUCAGCUCCUAAUUCUCCAGGAAGUGCAACUAUGCAGCAAACGCCUUCUCGUCGGUCACGGCCCACCGAGCAAGGUGUUCGCCCACGAGGAGAGUCCCGUUCGUCAUCUGUCCCCAUAGUUGUGCGGAUUCAGCAAGAUUCAGAGACUGAAGGUGAAGGUGAAGGCACAAGUCAACGCUCAAUGCACAUCCGCACCCGACCUAGCUCACGGGCUAGUUCAUCCUUGCCCUCACCAGGAGACAGCCAGGAUAGUCACAAUCGUCGCUCUGUGAAACAUCUUACUUGUUUCUGGUGGUGGGAAAAAGGGAGUUGCAAAUACUCUGAAGACGAUUGCUUAUAUGCUCAUCAUGAUACGGGCCAUUACACGGCUGCACCUCGCCAGGUUAUUCCAGGGGAACCGGCCAAAGCAGGCAGAUCUCUGGAACGCGCAUUGAACAAACUUGCUAUUUCAAAUCGAUCAUCCGCCUCGGUGUCGUCUCUUGCUGGCGUGAACACUCACAAUCCCGAAUGCGAGAGUACCGGCAAUGGCAGCAAUGCAGUCUCCAGACCUGUCACUCCGCUCAUAAACCACAACCGGCCUUGCACCCCUUCUCCUCGCAUGAGCAUGGACCUUGGUCUCGCUACUCACCUCCAAGCGGAUAAUGAGUUCCUCCGCGGUCUCGUCCAGCAAACGCAACGAGAGAAGCACGCUUUGAUGGACACAAUCGAGGCUCUCCAAGCAGAAAAAUCUCAGCUGAAUGCGCAAAUCGAAAAGAUGAGCCAGGAGCGCCACGCACUACUUACAGAGCGGGACAUCUUGCACGCUACAAUUAAGAAGCUGCAAUUUCCUACUGGAAUCAACCCCUAUAUUCAGGGUCAUAGCCACAUUGUACCAAUAAGAUCCCCGAGCGCCACCACUUUUCCAAGUCACAAUCCCUGGGGUGCGAUUGGAAGUGGGAGUCGAGGAACUAGCACCAGCCCAAACGGCACACCUGUCGACAGCCCUGCCAUACAACCGCGCAGCUUCAGUUUCGCCGCCCAAGCAGCUGUCGGUCCUGUGGGCAGCAUCCCGGCUCAUCUCGCCUACAACACUGCGCGGAUGGGUAUGAAAAGCUCAUCUGACACAAUCUUGGACACCGCCAUACCAACCUAUGGAUCCGUCAACGGUAAUGGUGUCGAGCGUGGAAAUAUAAAGGCAGAUGCGCAGCUCGCCGAGAAUCUUGUCUCAAGCAACAUGGAAGGGGAGAGGCUGAAGGAUCUGUUGAGCAGCCUGGGACCGAGUUUUUAA